GCUACGUCACGGCUCUGCUCUCCGAGCGCGCCGGGCGCUGCGGGCGGAGGUCCCGGCGCGGGCAUGUUCCGGCUCCUGCGCGCCGGCCUGGGCCGCGCCCUCCUGCGGGCCGCGGGGCGGCGGGGCCCGGGCUGCUGGGCGCCCCUGCCCUCGGGGCCGGCGGGAGGCCGGGCUCCGGCGGGGCGGCUGCCGCCGUCCCGAGGCGCUCCGCGGGGCGGGGGUCCGGGCCUGCUGCCGCUGCUGGCGGCGCUCGCGUGGUUCUCGGGGCCCGCCGCGGCCGAGGAGCCGGGAGCGGGCGGCGCCGCCAGCGACGCGGAGCAGGACGAGGCGGAGGCCGAGAUCAUCCGGCUGCUGAAGCGAGCCAAGUUGAGCAUCAUGAAAGAUGAGCCAGAAGAGGCUGAGCUAAUUUUGCAUGAGGCACUUCGUCUUGCCAUUCAGAGUGAUAAGAAGAAGGCCAUCAUUUACACUUAUGAUUUGAUGGCCAACUUAGCAUUUAUACGGGGUCAGCUUGAAAAUGCAGAAAAACUUUUUAAAGCAACAAUGGGUUACCUGCUUGGAGGAGGCAUGCAACAGGAAGACAAUGCAAUAAUUGAAAUCUCUCUAAAGUUGGCCAGUAUCUAUGCUGUUCAGAAUCGACAGGAAUUUGCUCUUGCUGGCUAUGAAUUCUGCAUUUCGACUCUAGAGGAAAAAAUUGAAAGAGAAAAGGAAUUGGCAGAAGACGUUUUAUCAGCGGAAGACAAAGCCAACACCAGCCUGCUCCUCGGCAUGUGCUUAGAUGCUUACGCUCGCUACCUCCUGUCCUCCAGGCAGCUGUCACAGGCACAAAGGAUGUAUGAAAAAGCCUUGCAUAUUUCCGAAGAAAUACUAGGAGAAAGACACCCGCAGACCAUUGUGCUAAUGAGCGACCUGGCUACCACCCUGGAUGCACAGGGCCACUUUGAUGAGGCCUGUGCUUACGUGCAGAGGGCAUGCGACCUGGCAAAGCAAGUAGGACACCCUGAGCUGCACGUGGUGCUCAGUAACCUGGCUGCAGUUCUGAUGCACAGAGAACGAUACGCACAAGCAAAAGAGAUCUACCAGGAAGCACUGAAGCAAGCAGAGCUGAAGAGAGAUGAGGUUUCAAUACAGCACAUCAAGAAAGAAUUGGCUGAGUUGUCCAGAAAAAGUAGAUCUUCGCCUUAAUCAAGCUCUGAGUAACUUUUUGUUGUAGGGAAUUUCCUAGUACCAGUGGCAUCCAAAUCAGUGGCUUAAAUGAGCAGAUUUUUAACCUGUGUGUUGUAAGAAUUUUUAAAACAUGCAGUACCUGACUGGUCAGGGGCACUGACCUCUUUUUCCUUAGUUUGUCAAAUAAAAAAAAUUACAAUAGCCAACACAAUAGCUGUCCAGUGUGAAUAAAUCAAAAUCAUACCUUUUAUUUUGUCAUAUUGGCAAAAUAUGUAUUUUUUGGUGUGCUGCAGAAUUUACAUAAUUAGUUUAUGUGCCACAAGAGGAAGAGUUGAAAGUCACUGGUUUAAAUCCUUCGUCCUUGGUACUCAAGUGUCCUCAGCUUAGCCUCUGUGCAGGACAGGUUAAAUACCAUUCUGCUUGUUUUGUGGUUGGUUUGUUUUUUUACAGGAAAAGCAACUUUCACCCCUGACUUUGACUUCUAAAGAUGUUAAGUGAUGUUUCAGUUGUAGCAUAUUUAGGUACUCGGUGCUGGUCUAACUGUAGGUUAAGAUGGCUCAGUUUCCCCAUAAGAUGGGUAGGUGUGUAAUUCACACAGGCAUCUCUGCUUUAAGAACAAAUCAUGGAGCAGCCACCUAAACCCAGAACCUUAGGCCCUACCGCAUCCGGGGUGCUGACAUGUAGGCCCAGCAGAGGAGUCACUGGCCUGGACCCGACCCUUCUCCUGGCUUUGGAAUGGGGUCUCAGUGCCCUCAUUUGUAAAGUAAGGGACAUGGGAGAAGGUAUUUGGUCAGAUGAUCCUAAAUGAAUAGAUUGCUAUGUUGAAAGAACUUAUUUUUCCCCAGUCUAGAAAGUGCAACAGAUACUCCUCAACUCCUGAUGGGGUUAUGCCCUGAUGAACCCAUCAUAAAUGGAAAAUACCCUAAGUCA